AUGCAUCAGCACCCACGGUCGCCCGCCAUUCCGCCUCCGCCCAAGAUUACCUCUCAGUCUGCUGCCGCCCGGGACGACUUGAGGGAGUCCGAGUCGGCGCCACAGUCUCCGGCGACAGAGGGGCGGUCACAUCAGACCAGGGGUCCCAGCAUCGAUGCAAAUCCAGAAUCAGCCCCGGGGCCCUCGUCAAAAGACUCGGAAUCACCAGGCAAAGAAGCCCUCGCGAAGUUGAGUCAAAUCAUUGCGAAUUACCAUACCAAAGCAGCUCUCAUCAUUCUUCAAUCACGUAUUGACUUGCCGCUGGCAUAUACAAAAGACUCGAAAACACCCAAGAUCAAUCGCUGGUUCAAUGUCGAAAUUGAAGAUACCGAUGCUCUUCGAGAACAAUUGUGGACAUGGCGGACCUGCGAUGCUACCACAAACCGACCCCCGCCGCUGAUCAUCGAAACCUAUCUAGACCCUGCCGGGCUCUCGAAUAAACAGAGUCUGGUGAUUUUGGAUGAGCAUGGGAAACGCUGGGAUGUGCAGGACUCGAUUGCAGGGUUUCGAGAUACUGGGCUGAAUCCCAGUCGCCAGGACUCGGACGACGUGAUACUCGAACGAUGGCGGAUAGAGCUGGGAGAUGCGACCAGCAAGCCAUCGGCCGACCUGGGGUCGAUGCUGCCGACAGUGUACAAAAAGAGUAUCGUUCUCUUCAGGUCAUUGUUCACGUAUUGCAAACUACUUCCAGCCUGGAAGUUGUCCCGACUGUCCUCGACAGCGCGGCAAAGCCCUGCUCUGCAGGUCAAAUACCGUAUCGUUGAUCCCACGGUGGCUCCGCAUGAUGCAUGGCCCAAAGUGAAUCGGGACCAUCUAACUCUGCCUCUCUAUGAGGGUCAUGAAAAAACCGUGGAGACCUAUCGGUUUGGUCCAACUGACUCUCCUGCCGGGCCCUUCGGAGUAGAGGUCACAUUUCGGACAAAUUGCGAUUUUCGUGUCGAUGAUUCCGAAGCGAUCCUGAGCUCACGAUUCAUGGGAGCUGACGACGACAUCUUUCUUCCGUCCUUGCCUUCCACCGACGUCGCUCGCCCCAAUCUGGAGAUCGGAUCCAUGCCUGUCAAGCGAUGGUCGACCGACAACCCAGACUGCUCGCGUGCCUACGGUAGUUUGUCCACGUAUCACCAGGUUGGAGCGAACAGUGGGACUAGUCCAAUAUCUGCGUUACGCGCCGUCAGGGACUCGGCAGGCGAAGCCUCCUCGUCCCCCUCUACUUCUCACUCAAAGCGACCCUUGGCCGUGCCAGCCGCACGAAUUCUACCCCCUGGCCGUGCCGCGCAAAUUGCCAGUGAAAGCUUGCCCAGUUCCCCUCGACGGCCCUCCGUCUCUUUCCCAGCGUUCAAAGCCCCACCUCUUUCUGCAUCGCCAUCGUUGACAGACACUCCUCUCGGAGCUUCCCCGCGGACUACCUCCUCUCGAUUUGCAGGUGCAACGUCAGCUGACUCUCGUCCUAUGCCGCCUCCCUCCUCUGCGGCCUCUGCUCGCAAGUCUGCUUCUCUCGCAUCAGAACCUGCCUUCUCCUCCUCUACGUCAGCCUCCCCACGACCCGUCCCAAUCUCUCGUUACACCAGCUCGUUCAGCAAUCGACGAGGCCGGCCAUCCUCGGCAGGCACUAUGAAGCUGGAAGAUGAUAACUCCAGUGGCAAGGCUAGUGCAGCCUCAUCCAAUGUUCAACCGGGAUCUGGUCUCCUCUCAGAGCUCACUGGAACGAGUGCCGAGUCACUCCAUGCAGACGACGAAAACAUCUCCGAAUUUUUGAAGAUGUUGGACUCGUCGAAGGAUCUGAUGCGUAAGAGUACGCUGAGAAGCGCCGACAACACGCAGAGACGUAUCGUACCAAACCUUGCACGCUUUCAGCAGAUGCGAGACUCCAACGCGGCCCUCUACGAAUCCAUCUCCUCAUCCGUGCACUUGCAACGUUCCUCGUUGUCCUCCAGCAAACAGCUCUCCGGAGUUCCACCAAUGAUCUCCGGUACCUCUAUUUCGACGGCUUCCUCCCCUGGAAAACCAAUCUCCCCCCACACGCCACAUACGCCUGCAAUUCGGUCACGCCUAAGCUCAAACAGUGUAGCGGAUGAUCUCAUCACCGAACAGACUCGUCGAGGUCCUCGUCAGGAUCACGAAUCAACUGUUGAGGAGAACCCUCAUCUAGAAGCCACCCAACCCAACACAUCGGCUGCAGGCGCAAUCGAUAUCCCAACAUCGCCCCGUGUCUUCUUGCCAGCAUACCGUCGAUCGAGCUCAGCUGCUCAGCAUCGCCGUCCUAACUCGGGUGAUGAUGAGGAUAUCUUCAACCUAGUCAUCCGCAGCAUGAGUCUCGGCGCAGAGACGCCCGCGGUUCCACAGCAGCGGCCCCAAGAUGACAACCCCGAUUCCGAGGCUCUGACCGGGAGACGACCAUCGGAAGGCCCGUCGAGUGUGACAAGCGGUACUGCCGGCCGCGGCCCGAACGCGGCGCGAGCCUCAGCAACGUCUCACUCGCCCAGCUUGUAUCAGCCACGCUUUGCCAGUUCUCGUGGACGAGGCUUCUCUGGUGGACAUUCUCUCAGUUCUGCAUCCAGCAGUCUUGCCCGCGGGGCCACUGUUCCGUCUCACCUCGUCGAGCGUGAUGACCAUGACGGCAAUGCCAGUGGCAGCAACAGCGGGAACUCGGCAAGUGAAACUCGUCGCGGGUCCAUCCACCGUCCUGGCGCAAGCAGAGCGCCUCCUCCACAGGCGAUGUUCGAGGAUGACGAGCCGCUGCUCUUCGCCAUGAGCGACUUUGGUGUCUCGCGUCGCAGCCUGGAGGAGAAUCGCCAUGCCACCCACGGCGCGGACACCAGUGGUGCGUCAAGACGAGGUAGCACACGCCGUGGAGCUGGCUGGUAA